GUACUAUUGUUUGUACAGAUGAACAUGGUACAUUGAGGCGUUUGGAAAUUUACUCCCAAGGAUGAACCAGAGAUCUACAAUUUAUUUUCUGAGGUCUUUCUUGGCUGAUUUUCCCUUGAUGUCAAGCAAAGAGGCACUGAGUUUGAAGGUAGGCCUUGAAAUACAUCCACAGGUACACCUCCAAUUGACUCAAAUUAUGUCAAUUAGCCUAGCAGAAGCUUCUAAAGCCAUGACAUCAUUUUCUGGAAUUUUCCAAGUGGUUUAAAAGGCCCAGUCAACUUAGUGUUUGUAAACUUCUGACCCACUGGAAUUGUGAUACAGUGAAAUAAUCUGUAAACAAUUGUUGUAAAAAUGACUUGUCACAAAGUAGAUGUCCUAACCGACUUGCCAAAACUAUAGUUUGUGGAGUGGUUGAAAAGCAAAUUUUAACGACUCCAACCUGAGUGUAACUUCCGACUGAAUGGUUAUGUAUUUCAGCCAUAGAGGAUGAUGUUGAAGAUCACAGCUGAUCGACUUUCUCUCUUUUAUAAUGGUGAUGUCAUCUGCAGGAAGCAGCUAUUCAGUGUUGCUAAGGAAUCCAAGGAUAGGUGGAGUGAUGAAGAGGAUUUAUUUGACUCCCCUCACAAAGACAGUUCUGAGGACAACGCCAGUACUACCGGAGGAGGCAGGAAGAGGAUGUGGACAGCAGAGGAGACUGAGUGGGUGAAGGAGGGAGUGAGGCGCUACGGAGAGGGGAACUGGUCCAGAGUAAAGUCCUCUUUCCCCUUCUUGGGCCGAACCUCCGUGAACAUCAAGGACCGGUGGAGAACCAUGAAGAAACUCAAGUUGGUCUGAGGGGACCAAAGCGUCUAACUUGUCCAAUAAGAAAUUAUAUUUUAAGUUUACAUUUACUACGGGGUGCAGUAACGAAUUCGAACGCUGGAGGGCCUCGGAGCUACGCAAGACAAUGAUGACGUUCUCCUGAUGUGAGACGUUUCCUUUCCACAAAGGAUACAUGUUUGCCCGUCGCACAUCUGUCAACAGGAAGCUGAAGAUGGUCGGAGGGCCUUUGGACUAAGAUAGAUGUUGAUUCUGCCAUUUUGUUUUAAACAUGUUUAUAGAAGUAUUUUAUCACUUGUCUUUCUUGGUAAAAUAAAGACUUCUCUUCUACUGA